AAAUAGGGUGAGCAGCAGCGGGUUCGGUGAGUUUAGCCUGUAGUGUGUUGGAGCCGCUGGAGAAUUUGAAGCGCUGCAGGAUUUGUACUGAUGUUCUAACCGCAGCGAGCAGAAAAUAAACUCCGAAAUCCUGCACUGGACUUCAAUGGCAGCGAGGAGCCGCGGCACGGUGAUGAGAGAAGAGCAGCUGCUGCCCUCGCGGCUGCCGGCUCAGUAAGGCUGUGGGCUCAGCAUGGCACAGGGAGCACCGCAGUUGGACUACCACGUCCUGCAAGACCUGAAGCAGCGUUUCCCCGAGAUCCCAGAGAACGUCGUGUCCCAGUGCCUUCUGCAGAAUAACAACAACCUGGAGGUGUGCUGCCACCUGCUGGCUCAGGAAAGCAGUCGCUACCUGUACGAGGAGUUCCACAGCCCGGAGGAGGUGCACCUGAACCGCAUGCUGCACAUCAGCGUCAGUGGCUUCCCUCCGCCCGAGAGCACCAACGCCAAUGCCAACUCCAACACCGGCUACACCACCUACUUCAUCAGCGACCGUGGGCGUUCAGCCAGCACGCCCACCCCUCCGCCCACCGUGCAGGGCAUUUCGCCCACCUACACCCCCGUGCCCUCCCGCUACAUGACCCCCAUCACCCUGGCGCUGUCCUCAAACAUCCCGUCUGCCCCUCAGGCGCUUCAAAUUCCUCCUGGUGCGUACGGGAACAGCGGGAGCCCCCUGUACAUGCGCCCUUCUCCUUCUCAGAGCCCUCAGCCCUCGCCCUGGGCGUCGCCCGGCGCGCCCGUGUACUCUCCCUCUCCUUACAGCACUCCACCGUACCAGUCGCCCUACAGUUCGCCCCAGCACCAUGCCUUUCUCCCCAUCAGCCCUCCUACCCUGCCGUAUCAGCAUGUCCCCUACAGGCCCUACAUGCCCACCAAAGGCUCCAUGAAGAACCAGAUCGAGAUCACGCUGGACGGGCGGCAGCGCAGUAACUCGCCCAUCCACGCUCCCCAGGGGCCGCUCUACAUGCCCAGCAGCUCCUCCCCAAGCUCCCCAUCCAGGGCCAUUAGCAUGGCACCACCCCCUGGCACCUCCUUUCACCCGGGCGUGUACCGGAGUGGCACACGCCCCCGUCCCGCCUCCUCUCCUCAAGCCGGAAGCUCUGCCUACAUCAAGAUUAAAAUGGGGCCGAGUCAGCAGCUGGGAUCAGGAUCUCCGUCGCCGCCCGUGGAAACGGAGUCGCUCCUGAACAUCGUGGAUCAGGGCGAGAAACAUGGUGCUCCCGCCCCCAUCCUGCCCAUCUCGGCCACGCCAGGCAGCGGAGUCAGCCACAUCAGCCCCUUGCCCCGACGCUCCAGCUCUGGCUCAGAUGACUACGCCUACACACAGGCUCUGUUGCUGCACCAGCGCGCGAGAAUGGAGCGUCUGCGGAAGGAGCUGCUGGCUGAGAGGCAGAAGCUGGAGCAGCUGAAGGCCGAGGUCAACGAAAUGGAGUAUGACGCACUGCAGAGGCGCUUUAGACGCGUCAACAGCUCCAGUCUAAUCCCACAGCCUGAAGAGAUGACCAGAGUCCGAUCGCAGAACAGACAGCUGCAGAUCGACAUUGACUGCACCAUGAAGGAGACGGACCUGCUUCAGUCUCGAGGCAAGUUUGACCCGAAAGCCAUGAACAACUUUUACGAUAACAUCCAGCCUGGUCCGGUUGUCCCGCCCAAAAAAGAUAGCGGAGGAGGGCCCAGACCAAAGCCGGCGCCGCCGCAGCGUGACGAGGACUUCGAGGGCGCUCAGUGGAACUGUGAGAGCUGCACUUUCCUCAACCACCCGGCUCUGAACCGCUGCGAGCAGUGCGAGAUGCCGCGCUACACCUGAAACACCGCCGUUUUUAGCACAGCCCCGCCCAUGGCUCAAACAAACACCCCUGCCCCCACCCCGCCAAACCUUUGCCUCACACCACCUUUCCCUUCCCAUCAUGCACCUUUCCAGGCCCUGCUGAGGGAGAUGCGACCAAAUCAGUGUACUCAUCCCCCCCCUUAGGUCAUGCUCCCUUUUGAUCUUAAUCAGGCCCUGCCCCCACCCUGCUGGGCCUUAAUCUGGCCACACCCCCUCAUCUGUGCACUUGUUUGAGUGACUUUUUUUUUUUUUCUUUUCCUACUGAAAAUUGAUCAGGCGAGCCUAAGUGAGCAAAACGGGGACUGGUCGGCUUCUGAGCUGAGGUAGUGUGGUGGUGGGUGGGUGAGUGGGCGUGGCCACCUUUCCAGGCAGAAAGAGACAGCUAUGUUUACACGUAGAAGGGAACCUGAGCCGACCGGACGGUAAAGCGACGCAGGCCAGGCUCUGGUUGAUCUUACUGUAGACGUCACACUGUAUGUGCUCGUGGAGAGCUCCUCGCUGAGUGAAGAACACUAAGAGACAAAAGUGCACAUGAAUUCUGUCCUACCUGGUACUUUUAUGCAUAUUAUGCCAUACUGUAUUGUGUUCAGAGGUGUUGAUUUAUUUCCUGUGCAAAUGCAUCACGUUGCUGUACUUAAUAAAGGAGUCGAUUCUAUGUGAU